UGUUAUUUCCGUCUCUUGAGCCGACCCAAAUCCCAAUCCAACUUAAAAAGGGGUUUAGGUUCAUCGCCGACCCAAAUCCCAAUCCAACUUAAAAAGGGUUUAGCUUCAUCGCAUCAAUAUUGGGUUUGGUUGAUAGUUGCGUCGAAUUGUUUGCCACUAUCGGAAGAGGAGGAGAAGCAGAGGCAAAAAGAGGAAGAAAUGGCAGAAUAUAUGAUAAAAGUAUUCCUUAAAGACAAUUCAGAAAGCAUCAACCUAAGAGCACGUUGUCUUGCAAAUUUAACUGAGUCCCAAAAGAAGCAAAUACAAAUCCAUUAUCCCAAAUCAGAAGAAGAACUUCUUUUGGAUAAGAAUUUAUGGGAAAGAGAGCAUUAUUCGUUCGAGGAGAUGAGGCUAAAAUCACUUUUACAAUCAAAAGAGGAGGAUCUAAAGUGGGAAAAAGACUUGGAAGCAAAGAAGCAGAGGGAAAGAGAGAUUCGUUUCGUACUGCAAAGAGAAAUUCGUUUCGAACUGGGAGAUGAGGUAGCGAAGAGAGUAAUAGAUGCAUUCGACAAGACAAUAAGAGAAUUUUGUUCGAGGCCAGUAACUGAGGAGGAGAAGAGAUUGAAACAGUCAGAGUUGGAGCACCGAGAAAAACUUGCAGCUCAAGGAAGAUAUCUCACGGGGGAGUAUCUAACCCCCUGUCGAUUCAACCCUCAGUUUUGUCAUUCCCAUUAUUUUGACAGUGAUGUCUAUCUCUCUUCGGGUUUUUUUGGUGCGCCUACUUUUGGAGUAUCACUACCUGGACCGGGUUUUUCUGGUGCGCCUACUUUUGGAGGAUCACUACCUGGACCAUUACCAUCUCAGGAUUUCAGUGACAAUGCUAAGUUACUAAUGGAACUGGCUAACCGUGCUAUCGAGGAAUAUAAUGAGAAAGAGUGCAAUGCUUUCAAGUACAAGGUUUUGAAGAUUGAGAAAGUGAAUUAUUCGUUGUCGGGAACCUUCGAUAUGUACUGGAUGACGGUGAAAGUCUUAAAUCUCACUCAUGGUAGUAGUCCUGUCGAAACUUUUCAAAUCCAUGCUGGUAGUCGUUGCAUCAAUCAUUUUGAUAAAAAGAUCUAUUGUUGCCGGCCUAAAGAAGAGGCCAUUGCUGGUUUGCCAAGCUGCGAGUUUUGUUUUCGCUUGCUGCCGGAGAGGCAUGCCACGGGAGGAACAGAAGAGGCAUUUGAACUAUAGCUAUAUAAAUUUGGUCUGUUUGAGAUUUCAUUAUUAUAGAUUUAACCCCCUUAACCUUUAAUGGCUAGGAAACACUACCCUCUGACCUUUUGAAUAGGAAUGUUAAAGUCAUGCUUUGUCCAUUGAACUAAAAAGAGAGGCAGCAAUACGUUUUUUGGUAUUAAAAUUAUACACAUUACCGGAAAAUAUUGUUCUAGGGAGUUAUAUUGUUCUCAUUCAACAGGUGGAAGGGUAUUGUUCUGCUUGUAGUUUAAGAGCUUUACUUCGGUAAUUGAUCUGACCUCUUUGUUAAUUGAGACUAUAAUGUUUUAAAUGUAGUAACUGUUGACAUCAUUUUAACUAUGUA